ACCUGGUUUCAAAAUAUUUCUUUGUUUUCUUGUGGUUAUAUUUAUUAAGACACAGUAACCUGUAGAAGAACUGGAAUCUUAUUUCAGUAAAACAAAUGCGAGUAAUAUGAGAGGUGAAAUGCCUUCAGAGUUAGCUGGAAUGACAAUGAUUGUGGUGUGUCUAAUGGUAGGAGUAAGAUGCUCAGAAAACAAGAAAUUUGAUUGCUUGAUAGGACUUGAUGAAAGUACAGUUAUAUAUUGGACAGCAGGAGAACCACUGGCUUGCCAGAUAGAAAAACUGAAGUCAGAUGUUUACACUGUUAAUAUAGAUAGGAAUGGUACAGACUGGUUGGAAUAUAAAAACACAGAUCAGCUGAUUGUUGGUGCUCCUGAAAAGGAGCAUGUAGGCAGCUCUAGUAUAUUUAUCAACGUUAGAUCUAAACAUUGUACAUCAACUGUUCCCUGGAGAGUGGAAGUAACAUUUGUUAUAGAAUUUCCUCAACAGAUUUCCACAGCAGAUUCAUGUGACAGUCCUCCAGAAGUUUUCAAUCCAGUAAACCACAUUCAGACUACAGCUGGUGAUGUUUUCAAGCUUGACCUUGACCCUCUGACCUUUGUUGACAAAGAGGAUGGCAAUGCCAGACAGCUACAGAUUACUUUGAAGGCAUUAUUCAACUUUGAUUUGGAAGAUAAUUUUUGGUUAAAACUGGAUAAAACAGGAUUGUUUCUUUAUGGAAUUCCCUUAAACAAUGAUAAUGUGUAUGUUGUCAGUCUGGUUGCCAUGGAUACAUGUCAGCAAAGUGUUGUUGAUUCCAUUAGGUUAGAAGUGAAGGAAAAUUCCCAAACCUACAGCCAUGAAUUUACUAUUUAUUUUGGAAAUGAUCAUGAUGAUAGCCCUUCUAGUUUUGAUGUUUACAAAUUUAUUACUGGACUAAGCCAAUGGUUAGAGUUCACAGAUUCCACUCAGAUGUAUGUUUCAAAUGUGGAUCCAGAACUUCGUAUUAUAUCUUGGGUAGACAAAUCUUUAUCCACAGAUUUCUGUGAAAGAAGUCAAAUUUUAGACACAUACUACAAAAUGGCAGAUGUAAAUGGUACAAUCAUGGAUGAGUUCAGUUGUUAUUUUUCACCGUUUUUCAAUGUCACUGGAGUUUUUGUUGAUUUCAAAGAUGUCUGUAAUAUGACAGACCUGUUGUGGACAUCAACAAAUUCCAACACUGAAUCCUACAAUGAUGAAAUGUAUUUGUUUUAUAUUUUGAUCCCUGUUGCAGUUUUAACAAUUGUAAUAUUAGUGAUCAUUAUUAUAAUGCUAGUUAGAAAAUGUACCAAACGUAACAAGUAUGUAAUGCACUCUGAGAAACCUGUUUAUCUUACAGAUAGACAACCUGUUAUAUUUCAGAAUGAAUACAACGAAGAAGAAACAUCUCUCCGACCACAGAUUCCAAUUGUUAUUGACAACUUUGACACUGGACUUUUAUUAUCAAGUGGGAGAAAUGUAGUGAGUCCCCCAUCUUAUAUCCCUCCUGAACAUUCAGACCCCCCUCAGUAUAGGCUACCACCACCGUACAGUAUGUCAAACAUAUGAGGUGUUAGGAUUUUAUUUCCAUAAAAGUACUGCUAAUUCUAAAAAAUUGCGAUGUUUUUAUUAAUGGGAGUAAAUUGGGUGUGUGGUUAUUGCAAUACUUAGAACUCAUUUUCUGAUAUAUGAUACCAGAUUUUUCAGAAAAUUUACAAUAAAUAAACUCAAAGUUUUUUUCAAUUUUUCAAAAUUACAUGUAGCAUUAAUCUUUAUAAUAAAUGCAAUCAUUUAUUUGUGAAUUAACAGUAUACAUGUAUCAGGGAGUUUAUUAUUUUUGUUUUGCUCAUUUUGAUGUUUUUAGUGUUUUGAUUUUUUGGGAGUUCUUGCAUUUAAAUAACAGUAUUUAUUAAAACACCUUUUUUGUUCUACACUAUUAAUGAAUCUGCAGUAUGUCUACAUGUCUCAUGGUUAAAAUGCUGGUUGUUCUUGACCAUUUUCAUGGCGCAUCAUGACAAUGUUAGGUUUUUUCCUGUUUAUGAUCUGUAUUUAUUUCUCAGGUACUAUAAGCAUGAUAAGUUAUAACGGCCAUUAUUUUUGGUGAAUUAAAUUAUUGAAAUGUUUCAAUUCAUCUGAACUUGACCUUAGUUUUAGUCAAUGUUAAAUUUUCAUGGUUAUCAAUGGUUAUGUCUGUUAUCUGAUAUUAUA